UCGGGGCAAAAACUUUUAAACUGAAACAAAAAGAAAAAAAAGAAAGGGAGAAACCACGUGUGAACUUACGUGUGAGAAAGUGAAAAGUCUUGUGAAUCACGAAAAGCACUUUCCUUAACUAAUCCUAUACUUAAUAAACACAGGAAGCCUCCGAAACGUCAACUAUCAAAACUUUUUUCCAAUUUUGCCCAAAGAAAAAAAAAACAAUCAAUCUGACUCAGAAGGAGGCACAAAGUUACCAGUUACUACACACCAAAAAAUCUUCCAUAUAAAUACACAAUCCACCUCCCUCCGUUUCAAUCCCAGAGUAUUUCAAUCUCUUUUAAUUACUACAACCUAGCUGGAUUUCUUUCUCCCCUUUACUUCUUUAAUGACUGAUUCGAGUAGGGUCGCAAUUAUGGCUGAAACCGAAACCCAGGAUGAGCUUUCUAUGUGCCCUACUUUCAACAGCUAUUCUUCUGAUAGGCUGGCUGAUAUCGCCGCCCGGGUCACCGGCGAAUUCGACAACUUGAGCGUGCUUCGUGAAGAAAAGGAUGAUGAUGAUUGUGGUGAUGAUGAAUUUGAGUUCUCUCUUUUGAGGGAUGGUUCUGAAAUUUUCUAUGACGGCCAAUUCGGCCCGGUUUUCCCGGUUUUCAAUCGCGAUCUUGCCGAUGGAUUUGGGGAUGGUCGAUUGGGUACAGAGUGCGGCGAUGGUGCGGUGGUUGAGACCGAAAUUGGGGUUCCCUUGAGGAAAUUGUUUGUUCAAGAAAGGAGGGAAGAAGAAGAACAGGGGAACAACCCUCCGUCGUCUUCUUCAUCGGAGGCCGACGAGAUGGAGGGCGUGCCUACCGGAACUUAUUGCGUGUGGAGGCCGAAGAAAUUCGAACCCUCUCCGGCGAGUCUCGGGAAGAAGAGCAAUUCCGCUGGAUCCGGAUCCGGGUCUAAGCGGUGGAAGUUUCUGAAUUUAUUGCGGCGGAGCAACAGCGAAGGGAAGGACACUUAUGUCUUUUUCACACCCAAAAACAGAGAAGUAAAGUCCGGCUCCGGCCGGGACGAAUCGCAUCGCUCCGGCGAAAUUGUGAAGUCUGGCCAGAAGCAAAAGCCCAGAACCUCGACGGAGUUGCCGUGGAACUCGCCUUCUAAUCAUUCUCAGUCGCCGUUGCGAUCGCCAGCUCACGAAGCGUUUUACUUGCAUAACAGAGCGAUUAAACAAGGCGAAAAGAAGAAAUCGUAUCUGCCGUACAAGAAAGAUCUGGUGGGAUUUUUCGCAAAUGUGAACGGUUUAAGCCGGACCCUUUCCCCUUUCUAGAAGCUUCUUCGAGAGUCCACUCCCCCCUAAAUCGUCCCCAUUCCGGCGAAUUUCCGGCUCUCUAGCUAAAUUAUCAGUUCACGCCCAUUUUUGUUUGUUUCUUUGUUACUUUUUUGUACUUUUGUUAGAUAAGUACAUUAGAGUUUCGUAUAGGCAAGUUAUCCCGGCCCACUCUGAUUGGAAUGGAAGGUCUUCUUCCAGCCAAAAAAAAAAUAGAGGGAAAAGGAAAAUCUUGAAGUUAACUUGUACAUACUUAGUUGAGUUAAUUCCGACGAAUGAAUGAAUGGUCUCUCUGUUUCAUUGUCUAAAACUCUUUUAAAAUGUAUCUUGCAACCAACCCGUAAAUAAGAGUGGUUUCGUCCUGCGGUUCUUGCUGAUCCAGCUUCAAUUUGCGGCAGCUUCUUAUGUUUAAGAUUAGACUUACGAAUUUUGAUAACGCAAUUGUAAAAUGUUUUUGAUCUAAAGCAAGAGGACUUAAACAUAGGAAGUUGCGUUGCAGUAACAUGAGGCGGGAAAAAUGGACAAAAAUAUCAGUCGUUCAUGACCAUGUAUGUUGUUAAGAUGGAGG